GAUAACAAAAAGAAAAGGAAAUAAGGGGGGAAAGAAAAAGAAAAAUAAAUAAAUAAAAUUGUUAAGAAUUGAGACGGCUGAAAGAAGGGAAAAAACGAUUCUAAUUCUUUACGUGCAACAAGAAAAAAAAGAAAAACAAAUUAAAAACAAACAAUCGGAUGCUUGAAGCGUGAAGCAAGAGAAGAAAAAGAAAAAUGAAAUAAUGUCUUUGACCUGUGAAAGCAGGUUAGUUUCAGGUCAGUGGAUCUGUUUGAUUGAUGUUUAGUAGUAAAUGUAUCUAUAUGAUUUUUUCUGACCAUAAAAUUUAGGCCUUCCACGGCCUCAGUUAUAAACCAGUAAAACCCCGACGAUCCAAGCAAAGAAUACCAUGAUUUUUGUAUGUUGUUAGCAGUUGACCCCACGCCUCUUUUCUUUAUGGCAAGUAUGAAGACAGCAUAUUGAAAGAUGAUAGUAGAAGGAAUCUAGGGGGAUAAAAUGUCCAGGUUUCGUUCACUAUUGCAAGCAUCCCUUGCUGCAACUAAAAGAGCACUUACAUGGAACCUUGAAGACUUAACUCCUCCAAGUGAAAGAUAUAUUUUCAAUUUCAACUCAAAAGCUGAACUGAAAAAGUGGCAUUUAUAUUCAGAUUCUGAAUAUGGAGGUAUGUCAUCUGCUUCUCUAGAGAUUAAAGAUACAAGUGGUGGACCUAGUGCUGUUGGAAUAUUUUCUGGAAACCUCUCUCUGGAUGUUGUAGAGGGUUCAACCGGGAACAUGACUAGAAGUGGCUUUUGCGGAAUGAGGUCUAAAAAGUUUGAUGGCUUCAUUGACUUGGAUGCAUAUGACACAAUAGCAGUCAAACUGAAAGGAGAUGGGAGGAACUACAUCUCUACUAUCUACACCCAGAAUUGGGUGAAUUCUCCUGGGCAAGAGGAAGAUAACUCAUGGCAGGCAUUUGUUUUUGUACCUAAAGAUGACUGGUACAUAGCUAAGGCCAGUGGCAUAAUUUAGCUGCUUGUACUUUUUCAAUAGCUUUCUUGAGCUCCCUAUUCCAUGAAAAAGAUUCCUUCAUUAGACCUUGUAAUGGUCAGUUUGGGAUGGAGGGAUUUGGAGGGCUGAGUCUAUAUCUUGAUAUAUGCUCCAAAGAUUCUGGAGGGCUUACAUGAAUGCUCCAAAGCCCUCUAGAAUCAUCCAUGGGAACAUGUCUCAAGGGCUAAGGGAUCUUUUUAUGUAAGCCAUGGCUCCUUUUAUGAAUACCCCAUAAUAUCUUUAUUUUAUUUUAAAGAAAUGAAAGGGAGAAUGGGAAUGAAAAAUAUUGGAUUGUGCAAAGGUGGUAGUAUCCCGGCCUGACUUGAUCCAUCCGGUUAUUUGCCUAUGCAAAAUAAUAGUAGUAGUAGUAGUAAUAAUAAUAAAGAAUUGGCAUGGACCGUACAAAUACUACUCCCUCCGGUUUUAUUUAUUCUUCACACUUUGACUUCACACAAAAUAAGGAAAGAAAUUUGACUUUAAUGUAGAGUACACCGUUGAGGCACUGUUUGACACUGUUGAGGCACUGUUUGACACUGUUUGGCACUGUUGAGACACUGUUUGGCACUGUUGAGACACUGUUUGGCACUGUUUUGAUGUAGAUUUCUUUGCCAAAAAAGGAAAUAAGGAAGUGUGAAGUUUAUUUUAGACCGUCCCAAAAAGGAAAGUAUGAAGUUUAUUAAAAACUGGAGGGAGUAUGAUUAUAAUAAUUUUUUCUUCCAAAUGGAAGUAAGUUACGUCUUUCAAAUUUAAGCUCUUGUAUUUUCACUACAGAUACCACUUUCCAUGUACGUGCCGACAUGGAGAGGAAACAUAAUAAAUGCAAAGUUGGAGAUGAAUCCAUCUCGAGUUCUGGCUAUGGCUCUAUCUGUCAAUGCAGAAGGUGGAGUCCCAGGUGCGAGGUCUGGCCCUGGAGAUUUUCAUGUGGAAAUUGACUGGAUCAAAGCCUUGCGAACAGCAUGAACAAGAGGCUGAAGCAGGUUUUACUACUUAGAAAAUGUGGUUGCAAGAGUCAACUGAGGCUGCGCUAUUUAUGAAUCCUAUCGGUUGCAGCACUUAUAUUUGUAUUGAUAAAGUACUGGAUUUCCCGCUUUCCUAGCUUGGUUGUUUUCUUCCAAUUGCUUGUGUGCUUAACUGCUUAUAAUGCAGAGGCAUAGUACUAUAGUAGUUUAGCGGUUACAUGAGUACAUACUUUCUUUGGUACUAUUUUCUUUUUUACGUUGUCACCACAAAAUAUAAACGUAAGCUUGACUGACAGAAUAUAUGUGGGACUGUGGGAGGGCCUCAGUAUUUGUGAAUUGUGAUUAUGCUAUUCAGCAUGAAAUUGUAAUAAUUGCAAAAAAAUUGUGUUAGGACUUCGAUACACACUUUGAUGCCACACAUCACAUGUUACAUUUCACGUGGAGCAAGACCAUAUAAGUUUUUCUCUUCCAC